CCUAGCGCACGGCCAUCUGGCCGGGUGGGAAGAUUGAACCAGCUUGAGGGGCGAUAUACGUGGGGAAGGGUUGGAGCUGUGGGAGUAUCAAGUGUUAGUGUGCGCGUUACCGGCUGGACAGUCUAACCUCCAUCCCACAGGCUUUCCUUGGACCUGAGGUUUUCUUCAAGGGAGUCAUGUCGCUAGAUUUGACUGUCAAGGUGCACCCGACGGUGCUAUUCCAGAUUGUGGAUGCGUAUGAAAGAAGAACGCAAGACAAGGCCCGAAUUAUUGGCACUCUGCUCGGAACAUAUGAGAAGACCAAUAUCGAGGUCACAAACUGCUUCUGUGUUCCACAUGCUGAAGUAUCAGAAGAACUGUUCAUCAAGAUGGACUUUGCCAGCGAGAUGUACGAGCUGCACCAGCAGGUGGCGCCGCUGGAGGUGAUGGUCGGCUGGUUCGCCACCGGGCCGGAGGUCACCGACCACUCGGUGCUCAUUCACACCUACUACUCGAAGCAGGCCAAGUGUCCGACGCCCAUCCACCUCACGCUCGACACUGUCAUGAGCAACGGCCGGAUGGGCUGGAAGGCGUACAUCAGUAACCCGAUGGGGGUGCCGGGCGGUACGGGAGGCACCAUGUUCAGCCCGGUGCCGGUGGAGCUGGUGGCCCACGGCGCCGAGCUGGUCGGCAUCAACACGGCCCAGAACACUAAAUACAGCAAGACCAAGACGUUCGAGCCGCAGACCGACCUCAGCCAGUUCACCAACGCCGUCCGCAACAUCGAGGAGAUGAUCGACCACCUGGCCGUGUACGUGGACGACGUGCUGUCGGGCAAGACGCCGCCGGACGCGACGGUCGGUCGACAGCUGCUCGACAUGGUCCACUCGGUGCCAAAGAUGUCCCAGGAAGAGUUCGACGAGAUGCUCAACUCUAACAUCAAGGACCUGCUGAUGGUCGUGUACCUGUCGCAGCUGACCAAGACGCAGAUCCAAGUCAGCGAGAAGCUGAGCCACUUGAAGCUGUGAGCGGUGCGGAUGGCGUCAGCCACUGCCCAUUUAUCCGCUCGGGGGCUUGUGGCGCUCGUAAUACAUGGCCUUGGUGUAAGGA